AUGUUCAGGAAACGAAGCCGAACUCAGGUCGCGGCCGAUGCGCCUCCAAUCAUCACCACCUCAGCUCUGACCUCACAGCCUCCUUUGAUACCUUCGCCAUCCUCGCCAUUGGUCAGCCCACUGGGCAUGACAUUCGACUUUGAACUACCUCCCCCAAAUCCUCGCCGUACGCUUGGUGACAACCUCGCUCGACCGAACACCAGUGAUGGAGUGCGACGGAGCAGCCGAAAUCUACAGCUUCCUGUUGCGCACGGAAAUGGUCAAACGUCAGGCCGACCUGAGAGUUUUCGGAGCGCAAUCUCUCGACUCUCGAGGGACCCCGAUGGAUUAAUUCAAUUGGUGAAAACUGAAGAGGCGGACAAUGUUUCGAAAAUCAGUAGGGACACUUUUUCAAAGUCGCGCUCGAGCUUCGAUCCGCCGGUCGACUCACUCAAUUUCUCGCGUCCUUCAACGGCGGGAGCAGUCAGCACUACUAGCAGUGCACCGCGAAUGGAGCCUUCAUUGUUUCCUAAGGUCGAGCCGAUCGCGGCACCCAUCGUAGACACCAUAGCACCUUCUCGGUCGUUCGUGGACAGCCGGGACAAACCAUACAGUCUGCCGCCCCCUCAGAAACCGUCCACAAUCCGAAACAACAAGAGUGUACCCAAUUUGAAUGCGCAGGCUUCCGCUGCAUCUAAAUCAGAGACAAGGACCAAACCUGUACUUAGCGUUACGACGAAACCCGGCAAAUCGGCCAAAUUGAAAGCACCAACAGAUGCUAAGCCGGUCUCGUCUCUCACCGUUGGCGUACCAUACGGAGCCACAUCAAGUGCCUUUCCACUCCCACAGCACGUUGCAACUCGUCCCAAAACUGCUAAUGGAUCCUCCGAAAUCGCCGGCGUUCCUGUGCUUACGCACCACACUUCUGCGCCUCGAAACGUCGACCUCCGAUCUGAGGAGAAGAAGCAGUCGAGCAGGCAAGCGGAGGUUGUGACUGAAGCUAAGCAGGAAAAGCAGGCGGACGCCAAACCCGCAGAGGGCAAACGGGCUCGCAGGAUGACACGCGUCUUCAAUCCAAUUGCGUUUCUGCAACGGAAAAAGGCAGACGCUGAUCAUGAUUCUGCGAGUGAUUCCCAUUCAGAUCGUGGCACACAGAGCCGUACGAGUUUGAGAUCGCGCGAAGUAAACGCCGAUCGGGCUCAGCUACCUCCCGAAUUGGAUCCUCGAAUUAAGGGCAAAGGCGUCCAUGAUUUCAGCGCGCCGAGGAAACAAAGCACUUUCAACGACUACUCUCCAGCGUCGCCGUCAUACUUUUUUCCUAGCACACCUCAUGAUGGAUCAAGUCCAAACGAUGGUUAUGCCUCUGAUCUUGCUGGUGCGGAAGGUCACCAAAGGCGAAUCAAUCAUGCGCCAGUAUUCACCGAGCAUCUCGGGGAGAAUCCAGACCUGUCGCGACGUGUCAGUUCUCUCGAUGCUGAGAAUCUGGAGAACAAAGAUUUCGUUGCCCGCGCAGCGAAACGCUCUUCCAUGUUGCCAUUACCUCAGGCAAGCGCGACUCUUCCCCCAUUUGCUCGACGCAGCCAGAUCUUAGAUCCAAUGCAAGCAAGUCUGUAUCGGGAUACGGAUGACAGCGAUGCGCAGGAUGGCAAGGAGCAAGAUUCUGUGACGAGCUCAUACAGCGAGGUCAGUCCGAUCAUUGGAACGCUCGACGGAUUGGACGGGAAUCCGGCGUUCAGCCCUGUCUCGAUGGAUGAUCGAUUCCAACUUAUUUCCCCUCCGACAAAGGAUCCUUCAUCGAAUUCGGUCUCCAAUGACAUACCUCGAGAAAAUGGAAACUCAAAUUCUGGACUGUCGACAGAGGUCCAAUCGAACAGAGGUCCAAGCAUUACGCGAGUCUCUGCACCUCCGUCCGCCUUCGAUACUCUCCAAGAACCUGCUCCAACGAGAUUAGCACCGAGUCCGCAUGCUACUGCUGCCAACCAGAGCGCGUUGCCACUUGGGUCCAGCGACGUUUCUGACGAGUCCGACGGAGACAAACGAACCGGGAAAGCCACGGAAGCUGAAGUCGACAAAUCGUCGGGUAAGAGCCUACGAAAAUCGUUCAAGUUCGUCGAUAAGAUUGUGUCUGCUGUCAGCAGCUCCAAGAAGGUUGAUUCCAUGCCCAAAUAUAGUGCCAGUAAUGCAUCUCGCUUUUCGUUCCAAUUCGGCGAUGGCGCUGCAGAAGAGAAGGCACUAGAAGAAAAGCAUCGCAAAGUUGCAGCAGACCGCGAAACCCAGCCGGCAGUCGCAAAUGAUGCCUACGAAGAGGAUGAAUAUGAAGAUGAUUAUUUUGAUGAAGACGCGAUGAACGACCUGGAUGAAAUGGAGGUCGCUCAGCAACAAGAGGAUCAUCCAUAUGGGUCGCUGCCGCCCAUCCCUGCAGCUCAAUCCGAUCAUCUGACUGUAAAUUCCAAAGCGGCGCAAGACGAUGCCACGGCAGGCGCACUUGGUAAAGCACAAAGUUUACGCUACUUGCAAAAAGCGCGACAAGUACUGAGAGACGAUGACUCUCUAUACGAAGACGAUGAUGUACUUGGCGAGGAGCGUGAGGUCACAUACGCGGAUCAUCCUGCGUUCCGGACGCAUUCCGCCAUGGCCAACAGCGUACGGCGCGGAUCCGAGGCUGGGCCUCAUUCUCGACAGAGCUCCAUUCAGACCUCGGCGGGUGAUGCCGGGGAUGGCUAUUGGCGCGGAGGCACAAUCGAUGAUUACAUGCGCGAUUAUGCUCUCUCAAGCAGCGGAUCCGUUCACUCGAAUGCGACAAAUGGUAAAAAUCGAAAGGGAUCAGCCUCCUCGCUCGGAGAUAGAGCUCCGAUGCCCGAGGGUCUCCCCGAAAGCCCCCUGAUUCCGAUCUCGGAAACUGUGCUGUCGGAUCUACUCCCACGGAACGUCAGCGAGUUCCAAGGCCAAGGAUCCGAGGAUUCCUCAAAGAUCGAAGCGACGCCUCGGCCAAAUAUCAUGAAAAGCCGCACCAUAAGCGAAAUGAGCUUCUCCACAAUCAGCGACGGCACGCAUCAUGAAAGUCCUAACGCACAAGCUCUUGCAAAUCUCGCUCAAUCACAACAAAACCCUUCAACUCAAUCGCCGCAAAGCAACUAUGCUGAAAGCGAAGGCUCGUCUCACCCACGAAGUCACGGAGGAUCGACUCUGCAUAAUAGCAUGUCCAGCGGUCAGAGUCUCGCGACCUCUGUAGAUAGUUCUCCUGCUGAGAACAAGACUCUUCUGAAGUCGCUAGAAGCACGAUCUGCAUCACCGAUGGGAGCGCAAGGGCGGUCUUUGCAUGAGAAAUUUUCUGCCCGUGAGACUUCGGGCCUUGUGGCUGGUCUGGGUCAGCGCCGUGUUGCCAAGACUGCCAGUCCUGCUGCAUUGAAACUCACGGGUGGCUCUCAGGGCCUUUUGAGUGUGCCAUCGAGCCCUGCGCCCGCCGGGCGAAAAGGCCUGUUGAGUGACCCUCGGCCUAACAGUGCACAGUCUGCUGUCAGUGGGACGGAGUCACGUGCCCUCAGCAUCAUCGAAGUGGCUGAUGGCGACGAGUCUGACGACGAAUUGCUUUCCUCUCACUCGCCACGAGUUGUACCAAACGUGGACAUCGUGGGUCAACAACAUAUAUACGCAGCGCCUCCCCCCAUCAACGAUUUCCUUGGCCCAAGUCCUACCAUGCAUAGCUUCCCGAAUUCGCCGACAGCAGCGUAUUCGCAAGAAUCGGUCAGAUCUGCUAGCGCAACUUCGACAUUGAUGACUGCGUCAAUCUUCGGACGGGACUCCCUUGACGAUUCGCGCGAUGAAACUCAACAUACGCACCAGCAUCUUGGAACUCCGACUGUCGAGACAAUCUAUGAAGUCAACACUCCCGAUCUCGCCUCGGCGAAUGCUCCUGAGUUUCCUCACACGGAGAAGCCAUUGCAGUCUCCGGUAUCAGUCAAGGCGGCGUCACUGUCGAGUCGUCGUCUCACAAACGAUAGCCAAGUCCUCCCCGACUACGCAAAAUGGUUGCAACUUGACGAGACUAAAAGAUCGCCCACCACUGCACGUCACAUCGGUUCCGGAGCAGGCGCGAUCGCCGCGAUACGCAAUUUUCAUCAGUCACAGGACAUUGCCGAUAUGCAAGAUGACAUGUACUUUGAUGAUGGGAGAUUCGAGCAAGAUAUGUUGGAGGCUCAAGCGGGUGACAUCGUAGAUGAGAGCAGAUUCGAUGACGACAGUUUCCUGAGUCGGCCGAACGCCGCUUACCUGAACACGAGGGAGACCAAAGGUCCUAUAGCAUCCACAGAGCCCAUCAGUGUAGCACCAAAGGAAGCGGGUGCGAUUGACAGCGUUGCAAAAUCGCCUGUGGCACCAGAGGAUCAAAUCAUUUCGGUACAAAGGCAGGCAAGUCUGCAAAAAUACCAUGCUGCACUGGCGGACGCUGCCACGCAAGCUGCCGCAGAUGGACGGUUCACGCGCGCUGCGAGUGUGACGACGUCAGCCCUUAGCGAGUCCCUUCCGACAAAUGGUGGACCGGACGUGUACACUCACAACGAACCUUUCCCUGCCUUGACUCUCUCAACGGAUCAACCUCACAACUUCGACAACCCAGCCUUGGCCUUAGGAACCCAACAAAUCCAGGCAGUGAAUGGGGCUCCUCCGGUCGGCUUUGACUUUGGUUUCGACCAGACUCCAUUCGGGACUGAUGAUGCUACCGAUGAGGACGACGAUCUUGUCGCGGCUGCCAACGCUGAAGCUCUCGCCAACGACGACGAUGGGUUUUACGGACAGGAGUUUCAAUUUUACGGACGGCCGAGGUCAAAUUCGCAAGAGAAUGAGGUCGAAUAUCUUAACGGUGGGUACUUCGGUGCCGAUGGGGAUGAUGGGCUCGCGCGACAGAAAAGUCUGAAAGAGCCCAACUUGACCCCGAUCACGGAACGUUCGGAGUUCAGUACGCGAAACAGCUUCAUAAACAUGUCGCAGGUCGGCCCUGCCAGUGCCGGUGGCUACGGCUCCUAUUCGCCUGCGCUCACACUUUCGCGCAUGCCCACUUCCCCUCUUGUCGCCGACGAUGUUGCCUCGUUCGAGCAGCUCCGCAAGCUUCGGGCGAAUGCAUUUGGGAGCGGCGAAGGCGGUAGCCCGAUCAGCAACAGGUCGAGCUCGAACUCCAUCAACGCUUCUUUCAACCCACCCGUGCCCUCGCGGCCUACUUCAAACCUAGCCAACAGUGUCCCCCUCAACCUCAACACUGAUCCAGACCUCGUCCAGCCGGCGGCCCAUAUGGGUGCACAGAAUCUAUUCGGCGGCUUCAAUUUCCACGACAGCCCAGCUUCGCCAACAUCCAACGACGACUACCCAUUUGCCGCCGCUCAUGUCGACCUCGAUGCCACGCCCAAGAAACGCUCUUCCGGCCAAGCUGCCAGCUUGCAGCAAUACAUCGCCGCCACCCCAAAACCCUACUACGCCAUGGCGACUCCAAUGGCGCUCGGGGCCGGGCCCGCCGAGAUUGCCACGAAUAAGACGUCAAUCUCGCAUUCUCGUAACGGCAGCAGCGCCGACUCGAUCACAUACACGCGCGGUCCCGACCCCGACGACCAUAAUCGUUCGCGGUGGUUCGUCGAGCGCCGGCGCACGAGCGAGCAAGGACAGCUCGAGCUCGUGGCCAAAGAUCUCGUCCAAGGCGGAUGGAUCUGA